UUUCCAGCAGCAGAGUCCCGCAGAACAGAAUAACUAGCAUGGCGCUCGGUGCACUCCCGUUCCCUCGCCGGUGUCCUUUUCGUGUUAGGUUUCCCUAAGCGUCUGACAUAGGUAUGUUUUUACUAUACGUUGUACGCUUUUUAAUGAAAGUCUGUCCUGUAAGAACAAUAGUAUUUGCCGGCUGAACACUCCAGAUAAGUGGCUAGUAGAUUUCUAGGUAGCUUGCUAACUAGUUAGUAACGUUAGCAAGGAGGCAAGAAUUGGGAGAUACGAGGCAACAAGAGGAGGAGUCCUGUUUUGGAAGAGCUGAUGCCAUGGCCAUAGCCGAGGCAUGGGAGUGACGUGACAGUACUGGUCCUGUAUCAACCUUACCAGCAUCAUGUUUUUCUGCUGAGUUAGAGGCAGAACGCACAGAGAAUGGACGAGUCAGUAUUGUUGGAUUUGCUUGAGUGCCCUGUUUGUCUGGAGCGGUUAGAUGCUUCGGCGAAGGUUCUUCCCUGUCAGCACACCUUCUGCCGCCGAUGUCUCCAAGGCAUCCUAGGCUCUCGUGGAGAGUUGCGAUGCCCAGAGUGCCGGACGUUGGUGGAGUGUGCUGUGGAUGAGCUCCCCAGCAACAUCCUCCUUGUGCGCCUGCUGGAUGGCAUCAAGCAAAGACCUCGAAGGGCUGGUCCUGGGGCAGGAGUCUGCACAAAUGGUACAUCUGGAGCCGUGGCCAGGGCACACAGCAGUGGGACCAGGGACCAGGGCACACCAGGAGCACAACCCCAGCGAGCUCAAGCCAAGAGCACCCUUGUGCGGGGUGUACCUCAGCUCCCUUGUGCCAAGGCGCUCUACAACUAUGAUGGCAAGGAACCAGGAGACCUCAAGUUCAGCAAGGGUGACAUCAUCAUCCUGCGUCGGCAAGUGGACGAGAACUGGUACCACGGUGAGAUGGGUGGAGUCCACGGCUUCUUCCCCACCAACUUCGUCCAGGUUAUCAAGCCGCUGCCACAACCGCCACCUCAGUGCAAAGCCCUCUAUGACUUUGAGCUUAAAGACAAGGAAGCAGACAAGGACUGCCUGCCCUUCUCCAAGGACGAUAUCCUGACUGUGAUCCGCCGAGUGGAUGAAAACUGGGCAGAGGGAAUGCUGGGAGAUAAAAUUGGAAUUUUUCCCAUCUCAUACGUUGAGUUCAACUCGGCAGCUCGUCAGCUUAUAGAGUUGGACAAGCCGUCAGACUCCAGCGGAGACUCUGGUGAGGGGGCCUCCUCAGGGCCCCAGAGCAAUGGUGCCCAGCGGGCAGGGGAGAAGAAGAACAGCAAGAAGCGACAUUCCUUCACCUCUCUCACCAUGUCCCACAAACCCAUGCUAGCUCCUCCCCCCCAGCGCCACUCCAUGGAGAUUAGCGGCCCAGUCCUCAUCAGCUCCAGCAACCCCACAGCAGCUGCUCGAAUCGGGGAGAUCAGUGGGGGGCUUUCCUGCAGCGCACCUUCACAGGUACACAUUUGCACAACUGGACUAAUCGUGACCCCACCCCCGAGUAGUCCUGUUACUACAGCAACGGUCUUCACAUUUCCCUCUGAGACGAGCUACACACCCAUCCCUGUGGAUGCUCUCCCACCACCCCCACCUCCUCCCCCACAGUCCUCUGUCUGUGGAGCAGCAUAUUCAUUGGCUGCCGGACAGAGACCCUCCCCCAGCAUAAGCGACCAAAGUGGGAGACAAAGACCCACAGUCUAUGUGGCGAUGUUCCCCUAUACUCCCCGUAAGGAGGAUGAGCUGGAGCUAAGGAAGGGAGAGAUGUUUCUGGUGCUGGAGCGCUGUCAGGAUGGCUGGUUCAAGGGCACCUCCAUGCACACCGGCAAGAUUGGAGUCUUCCCUGGGAACUACAUGAGUCCAGUCAGCAGGACAGUGUCAGGGAGCACCCAGGCCAAAGUGCCCUUGAGUCUGUGCACUCAGGCUGGCAGAGGAGUCACCAUCGUCAGCCCCUCCUCUGCUCCCCUUGGGGCCAUUGUUGCAGGGCCCGACUUCAACAAACCCCUCGCUGUGUGCUCCAGCUCUGUAUCUGCCAGCUCCCAACCUGCAGCUGUGGUAACAGCAGCUCAAACAGCCACAGGCCAGCAGCCAAAAGUCCCACUGCACGUCAGCUCACAGAUGACUGUGAAUCAGGCUCGCAAUGCAGUCCGGACAGCUGCAUGUCACAAUCAGGACCGGCCCACAGCAGCAGUGACACCCAUCCAGUCUGCAACACCGGUAACCUAUCUCCCACACCUUGCAGUGUGCCCACAGCCCCCCUCCUGCCCUGCUCAAGGCUGCACCCGGGGCGGAGUGGCAAUGGGCUGUGCCGCUGCAUCCCUGACCCCACCCAAUGUCAGUGCAGCAUCCCUGGAGGGUGAUGCUUUGAGACCUGUACCUGUCCUCACUGUGCCUGUUGGUGCUGGAAACAGCUCUGCUCUCAAUCCCGUAUCUAACAAUACAGCUCUCGCCUGCAGACUGGACAUCAAGAGAGAAAAGAAAAGUCUUCUGAAGCUGUUGUCCUCCAAUAAGAAGAAGUCUCGUCCUUCACCCCCCUCCUCUCCCACCCUCGAGGCGGAACAGGCUGCUGCUGGAGAGGCGCUACAAGGUGCCAUGGGGCCUGACACCUCCCCUCCCUCUGGCUCUGUCAGCUGCCUGGAGCCCGAACCUGCUACUGCUGUUGCCUCUGCCUCUUCAUCCUCCUCUUCCUCAGUCUCAGACUCCUCCCAUCGGAAGAGCACUCCCCUUGACGGAUGUGUUCCUAUCGCUCCUCCUCCUCGCCAGCCGUGCUCCUCUCUCUUAUCUCAACAGCAUGAUGCACGGCCCAUCAUAUGUGAGAGGUACAGAGUGGUGGUAUCAUAUCCUCCCCAGAGCGAGGCUGAGCUGGAACUUAAGGAGGGCGACAUUGUGUUUGUUCACAGGAAGAGGGAAGACGGCUGGUUCAAAGGUACGCUGCAGAGGAACGGAAGGACCGGACUGUUCCCUGGCAGCUUUGUAGACAGCAUCUAAUACACACACCAGAACGAAGCAUGGUCACCACCACCAUGACCCAGCUGAAUGCUGCUAGCCACCGUACAAACCAAACAGAUCAGCUCUCGCAAGGUUGCUGGGACAGAUGGACACUUUUCAGAGCCUGAUGUGGCUCUUGUAACUGAAAAAGAACAAUAGUGGCACAUGAGAGAGAGCUGCAGAGAAGAACAGCGUAUGUUGUCAAUGGAAGCACAGUGGACAGAGUUAGACGAGAGCACACGACUCAUGAACUUUUCCUUUUUGUUGGUUAUUUAUAUCUUUGUAACAAUUCAGCUGUUAAAUGUGUGCCUUGUACUGUUCCUCACUUUAUUGUACAUACGGACACAAAGAUGAUUAGUCCUAAAACAACCAGUAUGAACUAUUGAUAUAGAUAUGUUACACAUUUUAACUUAUUUCAUAGAUUGGCCUUUUUGUAGUGCAACACAUUAAGGGGUUAAGCUGGCACAUGCCUUAUGCCAUAUUCUACCAUAUCAAAUAUACUUUUCCCUCUUAGACUGCUGAUUUUUCUGUUUUACCAUCAUUUCAAACUGUCAGCAGAUAAGAAAGGUAUAUUAGAUUCAGCAGACCAGAACAAAUGAGCAGUGUCAUCAUCACUUGUGCGGUAUAGUGGGAGAAAGGACACUUCCCCAGCUCCAAAGGCAUUACCUAAACCUGAAGAUCGUAAGAGAGAUCUGCCAUAUUGCACAUUUGAGUACUCUAGCUACAUUUCACAGCCAUGUGAACAUUGCACAUCACAGAAUAUUUCUGUGAGCUAUUCACAGGCCUCCAAUUUGUUUUCUCCUGGUGCGGCUGAGGCUGAAGUGCUAAGGACUGUUACCUGCAGUGAUCAAAUAUUUGCAUGUGAUUAGCAAAGCCAUCUGCAGGAGACGAUGUGGCGAUAGACGUGUUGCACGAUUGUUUGGUUCUGCCUUUUUAAUAUGCGAAGAACACACUCCAGAAUAGACUUUGCAGUCAAGUAUGGCUUACUUUGUACCUUCUAUGUAUUUACUGACCAGAGUAGCUGCUCUCCUAACCCCUCGGCAAGAGCCAAACCCAGACGUAGCUCUACAUCACAGGAGCGACAUAACAUUUCAGUAUCAGUUCACAAGAUUUUUUUUCAGUGUGUAUUUAUGUUUGUUACAAAUUCCACAGAGGCUGAGACCUGCUGCUCUUAAAGAGUCUGUCAUAUAACUAACCUGGACACGCUGUAAGGCACACAGGACACAGUCACCCUUCAAACAGGUUCUCAACGUUUAUAUACUAAAACUCGUUCCUAAUGUGACUUGUGGCAAUAAAAACACAGCUAGCUAAAGCACAGAAUGUUUGCCUAAAGUAACAUAUCAUUAUGUCACUACAUAGGAAGACGUGUUUAGUGUAAUUCUGUUAAGUCUCAAAAGUUGUUGUUUUUAUUAUAGAAAUCAAUCACUUUGACCCCCUUGAUUUUUUUAUUUUUGUGGUUGGGUUUUGUUGUACAUUUCUCUAUACAAAGUUUUUAAUGUAAAGUGUUGUAUUGACUUGAAUUACUGUAAGAUUUCUUUGUGAUUGAAGGGGAUUUGGUUGUAGUUUUUGUGCUUGUUAAACACAAAACAAAAAGACUGAGCAGUUAUACAAUGAAAAUGAAAACUAGUUUUUCGUCAAAUCAAAUAUGUCAAUACAUAAUUCCUCUUUUCAUAUGUAUUCUCAUAAAUGCAUUGGAUAAAGUAAGGAAAUUGUACAAAGUAAAGGUAAUAUUAGGUAUCACUAUAGACUGACCCCUCCUGCCUCGGUGGACCCCACAACAGUUAAUGUGACUUAUACAUCUGCUCUUCAGCAAGUCCUAUGAUGUCUGAGGGGGGUAUUUAAACACUUACGAGUUGACUCAAUCACUGAAUUGUGCCAAAUUUGAUAUUUGGCUUAGAUAAUGAAUUUACUGACUGAAUUUGACCCAGAGUUUCAAGUUGUUUUUCUCUUUGUGAGUGUUUUGUUGUUGAUUGAGGGGGACCACUGUGUAACUGACUGCUGGAAUAUGUUGUAGUUUGUUUGAAAUUUGAAGAGCGUGUGGAAAAUGAUGGUACAAAUCACUGUUAGGGCCUUUUUUCUUUUGUCUUUUCUGAAUUGGUACUUAUGUAGAACUAACCUGAUGUUGCAUUGUUGUCUUGGCAAUCACCACACCAACCUCAGGCUCUAUGCUAAAAUGUUCCUCUUGAGUGUCUUUUCAUUUCACUGGUAAGCCUUUAAUAUCCACAUCAGACUUACUACAACACAGAUACACACAUUUAUCAUGACAUAUGCACUAUAACAAUUCUAAUCAUACUGACUUCUUCAUGCAUAUGCUGCACAGUUUCAGACUCAACAUGAAGCAUUACUUUCAAUAGGUACUUAACUUUCAUGUUUUUGAACACAUGACAACUUAAGUUUGCUUGAUUUAACUUAACACAAUAUUCCUCAUGCCAAGGUGACUUACUUGAUUUUUUUUGUCUGUAGUUAGUCUGUUGUAUGUCUGAAAAUGGUGAAACUGAAAUCAACCUAUUUGGCACAAGUCUAUUAUGUGAAAAACAUUCUGAAGUAUUUGAGGGAAUAGCACAUUUUGUAAAAAUCUCUAUAACAAUAAAAGCUAAUGGUUUCCAUAA